CGUAUUCUCCUCCCCUCUCCCUCGCAGCAGAGAUGGCGAGAUAUCGUUUGAAUUUUUAUCAGUUCCUCUUGAAUCUCCUUCUCCAAUUUCCCGCCAGAAACUUUGCAAUCAGGAGGGAUGUCAGUCUCCAAGAGAAACACAUUUGCCGAACUACAGUUCAGGGAAGAUAUCUUUUGUCUGAUGAUAAUGGUCAUGUGUGUGAUGCUCUGUCAGUGGAUCCAUGGUCUCGAUGCUGUCCACAAACAGGAGAAAAAUUCUCUUGUCAGGGAUGCAACCACCUUUCUCAGUGUUGCAACUCAUAUGAAUUUUGUGUUUCUUGCUGCCUAAAUCCAUCUAGGACACAAAAAGAACUUGCGUUAAAAGUGAAAAUUGCCAAACCAAUGACUGCAGGAACUUAUACAACUGUUUUUGAUUUCUGUUGUGGAAGGUGCCGUCAUAAUUCUGAGAGUGUGGUGCAUGAGAAUGCUUAUUCAAGUGAUUUCCAUCACUGCUUUUCUCUACCAUCAAAUUCUUCUGGCACUGUGGAUACUAAUUUGGAAGCAAGCUUGGCUGGUAUCAAUAUUGUAAUUGGCAGACAAGGGGAGUCUUGCAAUUCAGUUUGUCGAUCGAAGGGGCAAUCAUGUGUUCCAAACAAGCUUUUGGUGCUGAAUAAAUGUGAACUUUUGCAGAAAUAUAUGAGCUGCAACGGAGCAUGUUUAGCCAGCAUUGGAUCAGAUCAACCUGCAGAAGUUGUUGGUGAUGCUCCUAGACAUCUGAAUCCAGGAGCCUGCUUGUACACUAGAAUGCAAACAAUGCUUUCAUGUGAUGGCUCUCAUCAGUAUACCAAAAGACUUUGUCCUUGUGCAUAGUAUUCUUCCUUCACUAUAUUUUGGAGAAGUACGGACAGGCCCAAUGCAGAUUUCUGGUUUCCACUACAGAGCUAUAAACAUUCAAAAUGGCAACAAUCCACACUCUAUGCACCAACGCCCGCCCGUGAAUUAGCAUCAAGUCCAAGCUGGCACCUACCUAACAGUACUUUGUGCCUAUAAAUUCUGACCCUGGGCUGAACCGUCUUUCUCCGUAGAUAUUUGAUGCAUAACUGUUGAAUUAAUUGCUCAAUUUCAAUUCAUCCGGAGGUUGAUUGCCAAAGGACAUCUUAUUCAUUACCUUUGCCCUGUGUAGGGCUUUUUUAACCAUAUCAAGCGGUUUAUUGCCACCAUAUUGUUACAGCGGUAAUAAUAAUUUGUAUAAUUUCAAAGACUAAAAGUAGAAUAUUAUGGAUCAUGUUUUCUUAUUCUGUUUUUCAUCA